UUCAGCUGCAAAUCUUCUGGGAAGGUCGCGUUUUUUUUCUACACGUAUCGAUUAGAAACGUUUCAUAAUAAGAAUUUUAUAUGCAACCGUCACAAUGAUUUUCGAUCAUUCAAAAAUAAUAAUAUCAAGAAUUGAUUCAAAAAAAUUAAUGGAAAGAUUCGAUGAAAGUUUUCAGGGCACCCUGAGGCCAAAAAACACGAGUGCAAUAACAGGAGACUACCUGAGCGAAUUAUUGGAUUGGUUAACAGCCAACGUUAACACCAAUCACGCAACCAAGUUAUCAGAUUUACAUGAUGUGAAUCUAAUUUGUAAUGGUGUUUACUUAGGAGAUAAAUCAACGGCUAAGGAUAAACGAUUCCUCAUCAAGAACGGUUUCACACACGUCUUGAAUGCAGCAGAAGGAUUCGAUUUCAUGACGCAGGUCGAUACGAGUCAAGACUUCUAUAGGGAAGCUAGAAUUAAAUAUUUGGGAAUACCAGGAGAAGAUAGGCCGUCAUGGAAUAUAUCCGUAUAUUUUGAACUAGCGGCCAAAUUCAUAGACAACGCAGUGAAAUCUGGAGGCAAGAUUCUUGUACACUGUGUCGUCGGCAUAUCAAGAUCUGCUACAUUAGUCCUAGCAUAUUUAAUGAUCUGCGGGAAAAUGAAUGCAGCAGAAGCCCUAGAAUACGUCUUCAAACGCCGAAGGAUAUUUCCUAAUAUUGGAUUUCUGCAUCAUCUUGCGCAACUUAAUUCUGUUCUCAGAAAAAAUGCCCUGUUAUACUAAACGAUGAUCUGUUGUAAGUUGUAACUUAAUAUUUUUCAUUAAUAGAUUGUAUUAUUUUUGUAUGUAUCAACACAAACUAUUUUUGCACUGAGAUUUCCUUGUCUCUGAACAUUUAUGUAUAGGUAUACUUAAAAAUAAAUAUGGAUAAGUUAA